UAAAGACAUUUUAAAGAUGUGUAGGAGAACCCACUGUGAAACACAAAUGGAAGUUAGAAUAAAUAAGUUAUAUAAAUCAAAAUCUACUUUAAUGGCACAGGAUGCAAAGAAGCCCAGUACUUACCAUCUACCCAGCAGUAAGCAGUAAAGAAAGGACUGCCUUGCAUCACUGGUGCUUCACUCUGUGUGCAUUGGUUUGUGCAGUAUGCAGCAAGAACACAGGUGCAAGUAUUUGUAAAUGAGCAUUAUGAUGGGUGUGAUUUUUCUCCCCUUAAUGCGUUAGCACUCGCGCUCAUAGUCAUUAUUUCCCUUACGUCCGUAACGGCAGCACCAUGAGAUUUAUUUUGCUUUCCCUUACAUGUAGGACAAGUGAGAAAAAAAGAGUUAAUUCUCCCCACCCAUAAAUACCAGCUACUCAAAACCCCCUCUAGUGUUUUUUUGUCCUACCUUCGUAGGCAGGUGAGUGUAUUAUCCGCGUAAAGGUGGAUGCCAUAUUAACGUUCUUUCUGGUUUUUUCCUAGAUUAAAGAUGCCAGGUCCCUAGGGGACUUGAAGACCGCAGACUGCAUUACCCAAGAGGUCUUUCAGUCGGAGGUGCGAGUGGCCUCUUAGGUUUUGCCGUCGCCGCAAUAGACUGUGCAGCCGAGGGUUGCCCAUAAACAAAAUGGCGACGAUAACCUAUGACACGCAACCUAGAGUUGACGUGAUUGGUUAAGAGAUGUUUACACUGAUGAUGCGGAUCAGGUGUGCUGAAGUAGGCACCAGAGGAUCUUUAAAGCUAAUCACGCUGUGUUCAGACGCUCCCCUUGUAUAGGAGUGUGAUCAGCCUGCUGCUUAGACGUUGCUGCCUGGGUUGCAGCCUCCUUAUUCAGCACUAAGAUGUCUACCCUAGAGCCACCACCUGUCAAAAGACACAGGAAGUCAAAGCAUCUGCAGUGUAGAGCAUGUGACAUACUUCUCCCAGAUGACUAUGGGAAAAGGUUUUGUAAGGACUGUCUGUCCUAUCUGGCUCACAAGGAUGUUGAAGCACUUCCUGAAGCUUCUUCUUCGUGGAUUAAGGAGUUUAUAAAAUCAACUAUGAAGGAUAUGUUUAACCAGUUGCAACCUGGCCCAGUCCCUAUUGCGGAUGAUAUUGUGAAUUCUCCUACAAUAGUUAAUCCUAUAUCUUUAGACGGAUCAACUCAGGAUUCAUCCUCGGAUGAGGAAGAAAUCUUAGCCUUGUUUCCGGUGGAAAGCACUGCGAAAUUGAUCAGGAGAGUAAGGUUAACGAUGGAAUCUCUGGAAAGCGAGGAUUCGCAGGCAACCACUUCUCAGGUAGCUAAGAAAUCUAAAGAUUUUCCGGUUCACCCAGUCAUGAAAGAUUUAAUGACUAGAGAGUGGAAAAAUCCUGAAAAGCCUCCGUCUAUAACAAAAAGACAAAAGCUUUUGUUUCCCAUUCAGGAAGAGGAGAUACAGUCCUGGGGGACUCCUCCGAAAGUAGAUGUAGCCAUUGCCAGACUGUCUAAUAAAACACUCAUUCCUGUGGAAGAUGGUUCAGGAUUAAAGGAUCCUAUGGAUCGCAAGAUGGAGUCCUUACUUAAAAGAGUUUAUAAUACGGGUACAGCUAUUUGUAAGCCAGCCUUGGCUGCCUCGGCAGUGGCUAGAUCAACCAGGCAUUGGCUCAAACAAUUCACGGAGGAUAUCAACAACAACAUAUCCCGUGUGGAGCUUCUGGAAUCCCUGGAAAAGGUCAAUAUGGCAGUUGAGUUCUUGUGUGACUCAUCCAUUGAAAGUAUUAAGCUAGCUGCGAAAACUAUGGCUUUAUCUACAGCAUCCAGAAGAGCUUUAUGGCUAAGAACCUGGUCAGCUGAUUCAGUAUCCAAAAACAGCUUAUGUGCCAUGGCAUUUGAACCAGGUCGUCUCUUUGGAUCAGAGCUGGAUAAACUUUUGGAAUCUUUGUCAGGCUCUAAGAAUAAGCGUCUUCCUCAGGAAAACCAAUCAAAUAGGAGCAAAAAUUCCUUUUUCCGGAAUAGAAGAACAUCACCUAAAAGAGAUAACUACUUUCAAAGAGACAGAAGAAGGAACGAUACAAAUUCCUUUCGGCCCAAUAGAGCAUUCAAUUCUUCCAGAGGGGAGAGAGGAUUUGGGAAAACCUUCCCACCAAAGAAAAGGCCAUCCUUCUGACGCCAGAAGUUUACUGCCGGUAGGGGGCAGAUUAAUUUUUUUCUUUCCAGAAUGGAAAGAAACCAUUGCAGACGCAUGGAUACUCCAAUUAAUUGCAGAAGGCUACAGAAUAGAAUUUCUGAGUCUACCUCCUCAGAGGUUUAUUCUUACUCCCUUAAAUUCUCCAAACAAACAGCUGGCUCUCGAGCAGGCCAUCACAGAAUUUGUUUCAGCCAGAGUUCCCGAACCAGUGCCUCCACUGGAGAUUCAUCGAGGAACCUAUUCAAAGGUCUUUUUAGUCCCCAAGCCAAAUGGGACUUUCAGAACGAUUGUAGACUUAAGACAAGUAAAUCAGUUCAUCCACAAGAAGACUUUUCGUAUGGAAACCAUCAAGUCAGUGAUAAACAUACUAGACAGAGGCGACUAUAUGGCUUCUUUGGAUCUCAAAGAUGCUUAUCUGCAUAUUCCAAUUUUUCAUGCUCACAAGAAAUUUCUUCGGAUUGCUGUGUUCAUCAAAGGAGUUCUGCACCAUUAUCAGUUCAGAGUUCUUCCUUUUGGGAUAACAACGGCACCUCGGGUGUUCACCAAGGUUGUGACCUCGAUAGCAGCGGUUCUAAGAGAAGAAGGGAUAACUCUUAUACCUUAUCUAGACGACUGGCUGAUUACAGCAGUGUCAGCAGCGCUGUUAAAGAAACAUUUAAACAGAACCAUCGAGCUGCUUCAGUAUCUAGGAUGGAUAAUAAAUUGGGACAAAUCAACCCUAGAACCAUCCAGAGCAAUAAAAUUUUUGGGACUCAUCAUCAAAUCUGCGGAAAUGAAGUUAUAUCUUCCCCAGGACAAGAUUUACAGUUUGAGGGAAGCUGUUCAAGAGAUAAUCAGAAACCCUCUUUCGACAAUCAGAGGCUUAAUGAGAGUCCUAGGUCUCAUGACGGCAUCAAUAGAGGCUGUCGCUUGGGCGAAGUUACACAUGAGACCUUUACAAACAGAGAUACUUAUGAGUUGGAAUCGGAAAGUUUCCUCCAUAGAUAUGAAGAUAUGUCUCAGCGCAGAGACACGAUCCAGGUUGGAAUGGUGGCUUCAGGAGAAUCACCUAGUACAGGGUCUAUCUUUUCAACAGCCGGAAUGGAUAGUGCUAACUACGGAUGCCUCUCAAUGGGGAUGGGGAGCCCAUCUGAGCCAUCUAACGGCACAGGGCAUUUGGGAUCCAAUGGAAAGCUCCAUGUCCUCAAAUUUCAGGGAAUUGAGAGCGGUCUACAAAGCCAUUAUGAGUUUCCAAAGACAACUAAAAGGCAAAAGCAUAAAGAUUCUUUCAGACAAUUCCACCACAGUGGCUUACUUGAACAAGCAGGGGGGGACCAGAGUUCCCUUGUUGAAUCAGGAGCUAUUCAAGAUCUUGAAUUGGACAGAGAGACACAGUCCUCGUCUGAUGGCGGUGCAUAUAAAAGGAAAGGAGAAUUUCAUAGCGGAUCAUCUCAGCCGGAAAAAGAUUGCUCCAGGGGAAUGGUCCCUAGAUCAACACAUAUUCUGGAGAAUUACAGAUCGAUGGGAAUGCCAGAGAUAGAUCUCAUGGCCAACAGGAAGAAUCGCAAAACACAGAGGUUUUGCUCCUUAAACAGACUAGAUCGUCCGGAUUAUAUAGACGCCAUGUCAAUCAGGUGGAAAUUCCAACUAGUUUACAUCUUUCCCCCAAUACCUAUGAUUCCCAAGGUUUUACAGAAGAUCAGAUUGGAGAGAGUGCAGACAAUUCUCUUAACCCCAUUUUGGCCUCGGAGGAGUUGGUUCUCUCUGUUAAUGAGAAUGUCCAGAGGACAGUAUUGGAUUCUCCCGCACUUUCCGAAGCUAUUGACCCAGGGGCCUCGGGCAUAUCAGCAUCUUGCGAGAUUGAAGAUGACAGCUUGGAGACUGACAGGUCCAUUUUAGAGUCGGAGGGACUCUCUAAAGAAGUAGUAGACAUACUGAUUCAAUCCAGAAAAGCUUCUACUAUCAAGUCCUAUUCUAGAGUCUGGAAAAGAUUCAGAGACUGGUGCAAGAGGAAACAGAUUUCGGAGACUCAACCUUCUGUGCCGGUGUUGUUAAAAUUUCUUCAAGAAAGUUUUGAUAAAGGGUUAUCGGUAAAUACUAUCAAAGCGCAGAUCUCGGCUUUAUCUGCUCUCCAAAAUAGAUCUUUGUCCACUCUACCGCUUCUUAAAAGAUUUGUCAAGGCUAUUUCAAAGAUCAGGCCUAGACUCAUUCAAUCCUCUCCUACUUGGGACCUACCUCGGGUGUUGAAGAAAUUAUGUGAAGCACCUUAUGAACCUCUGGAAAAUAUCUCCAUUAAGUGUCUAUCUUUCAAGACUUUAUUUUUAGUAGCCAUUACUUCAGCUAGAAGAGUUGGGGAAAUCCAGGCUUUAUCAAUAAAGGAGCCUUACUUGACAUUCCUUCCAGACCGUGUUGUCUUGAGAACCCUUCCUAAUUUCAGACCUAAGGUUGUCAAUACAUAUAAUAUCAAUCAGGAGAUUGUUCUACCAAACGUUCAGGAAGCCCAAGGCCACAGCUCUCAACUGGUCCUUUUGGAUGUAGGCAGAAUUCUGAAAGCCUACCUAAGGAGUACAGAAGAAUUUAGAUUAUCUGAAAGUCUAUUCAUCAGUUUUUGCGGAAGAAAUAAGGGGCUAAAGAGCUCGAAACCGUCAUUAGCACGUUGGAUUAGAGAGACUAUCCAGACGGCCUACAUUAAGGAUAAUCUCAAUCCUCCAUUUCCUGUCAAGGCACACUCUACUAGGAAAAUUUCUGCUUCAUGGGCAGAGGCAGCCAAUGUAUCCUUGGAUCAGAUAUGUAGAGCGGCAACCUGGAGUAAUCCAAAUACUUUCAUCCAGCACUACAGGGUAGACAUCUCGGCUUCACAGGAAGCUUCCUAUGGCAGUAGCAUACUACAGAAGGCGAUAUGAAGAUACCCUCCCUUGUUACUCGUUAACUCUCAUGGUGCUGCCGUAGGGGACGUAAGGGAAUAAGUAAAUUUAUACUUACCGUAAUUUACUUUUCCCUUAGUCCCUUAGGCAGCAAUAAAUUACCCGCCCUAAUAAAAUACUUAAGCAUCGGUCUGUGUGUCUUAUUAAAAAAAAAAAAAAAAACACUA